GCGUGUGCUCUCCUCACUUUCCCUGAAACCAAAGCUUCAAUCUCUAGAAGAAAUGGCUGCUUCAGCUGCUGUAACCGCAAACUACGUCCUCAAGCCACCUCCAUACCCUCUGGAUGCUUUGGAGCCGCAUAUGAGCAAGCAAACUCUGGAGUUUCACUGGGGGAAACACCACAGGGCUUACGUGGACAACCUCAAGAAGCAGGUUCUUGGAUCUGAGCUUGAAGGCAAGCCCUUAGAGCAUAUCAUCCAAAACACUUACAAUAAUGGCGACCUCCUCCCUCCUUUCAACAACGCUGCUCAGGCGUGGAACCAUGAGUUCUUCUGGGAAUCAAUGAAACCAGGUGGUGGAGGAAAACCAUCAGGAGAGCUUCUUGCUCUGCUUGAAAGAGAUUUCACUUCUUAUGAGAAGUUCUAUGAUGAGUUCAAUGCUGCUGCUGCCACUCAAUUUGGAGCUGGCUGGGCCUGGCUUGCUUACGCAGACAACAAACUCAAAGUGGUGAAAACUCCAAAUGCUGUGAAUCCCCUUGUGCUUGGCUCUUUCCCAUUGCUUACCAUUGAUGUCUGGGAGCAUGCAUACUAUCUCGACUUCCAGAACCGGAGACCUGAUUACAUAAAGACAUUCAUGAACAAUCUUGUGUCUUGGGAAGCUGUUAGUUCCAGACUUGAGGCUGCCAAGGCUGCUUCUUCUUGAAUCAUCAGACAUUAUCAGACCAAUAUCUGACUUCAGUAGUGAAUGUGUUUUGCAUUACUGAAGUUUCUCAAUAAAAUAUUGGAUGCGAUACUAAGGACACCGCUCUCUCUUGUUGUAAUGUCUCUUCGAGUCUUUCAUCUAUUUCUUGUUUUCUGAGAUUUUAAUCAUCGUGUAAUAAAGAACUAUCAUUGUUCUCUGCUUUGUGUAGUUUGAUUAUUAUCUAUUUAUCUUUUCGUGUGUAAGACCUACGCAUGUGUUAUUUAUCAGUCCAGACAUAC